AUGGCCAGGCCGUAUUGCGAGAAAUGCCUGAGGGGCGGGUAUGAAUGUCUAGGAUAUGAAGAAGACCAACUUCGGAUCAAAAUACUUUGGAACCAUCUUCCUGCUUCGGCGGAUAUUACGACAUCUGAGGCACCUGCUCCUACAGUGGGUGGAUGCCGUAACGACCCAGCUAGUACAGUUACGGAUCGUGUCGCCAAGCCCUCUAUACUAGGGACUGCGCUACUUUACAGGAAAAGUGGUCGUGCGUUAACCACAGAUGAUAGUUCCUUUGAAAACUCCGCAAGGAGGUUUGACCGUUUGUGGCCACAGAAUCAAAGCCAACCCGUUUUAUACUCAUCAUCAAGAACACACAAACCCGAUAAUGCUGAACCUUUGGAUACGGUUGCAGGAGUGAAGGAAAUCGGAAGUGAUUUAGCUGAAGAUAUCAAAACCCUUCAUAGAUCAAUUUCUGCCUCGAUAGAUAUGACACAUCUCGAUAAGGAAGCUUAUCUCGCAUGUGUCGCUGGGGAGUAUGUUUUACAUGUCCUGGAUUUCUGGUUUACGCCUCCCUCAGCGAUCGUUCGCGACUGCUUGAAGGGCCAGGUGAGAGGAACUAGAACUAUGCAGGCCAUGGAUCUGGGAACAAUGGUUCUCAAGACAUGCGCACUAGACCAGGGCCUCAGAAAUCCUGGCACCACGCUCGAGAGGUACAUGGCCUUGGUCGAUAAAUUUGAACAGAAUUUCACUACCGAUCUUGGUUGUAAUCUGCCACCAAGAGAUGCAACGGACUGCUUUACGGCCCGUCUUGAGCUAGCAAUUCUGAAAUUCUUCCUUGGAGACAGCAUUGCAGGAUAUACCCUACUACAAGUUCUACGCCCCAAGUUCCUUCUGCUUGUUGCAACCGACUCUGGUUUGCUGGUUGAACAGCCAAACGGCAACCUAGCUGUUUCGUUUCCCCGCACGCUUAGUUCUCUUCGACACGAGCUUGCACGAUUCAUCUCAUAUGACGUGAUACUGUCAUUUUUACUUGGAGCGCCACCCAUGAUAGAGUAUGGGUAUGAGGGCACAUGUGAUGGUGACGGGUUUGAAUGGAUACAUGGGAUUCCGUCUGCACUCCUCCAGAUCAUCUCGCAGAUCAAUUCGUGGAGAGCUGGUCCUCGAGUCCAUCUUGACUGUUGGCAAGAUUUAGAACUGUGCGUCUUUGCCUGGAAACCAUUGCAAGCCACACUGGGCGAGUCUUUUGUUCCUGGGAGCACCGCUUUUGAGAGGGCUGUAGUACAAGAAGGGUGGAGGCAUGUGGUAUUGAUAUAUAUAUACAUGGGCAUAUGUGGAGUUUCUUCUCAUGACCCACGUAUACAAGCGUCGGUAGACGUAAUUUUCCAGCUUGCGGAAAAAAUGCGCAACUCACGAAUCGGCAUACACAUGUUACCUCACUGCGUUGUUGCUGGUAUAGCGGCGCGACUAGAAAAACAGCGAAUUAGGGUGUAUGAGAAGCUUAAUUCUUUCUUAGAUCCGCGGGCUUGGCUCUUGCGUGGGCCACAAUUUAAUAGAGCUCUUUAUCAUUUGUGGCACAGUACAGGUGCAGGAGGAAAAGCUGUUACAUGGGACGAUUACAUUCGUGCGAGGGAUACAGUUAUGCCUCUGUAA